AUGAAGACCACUAACAAUCUCGUUGGCAUUGUCUUGUUGCUAACGGUCGCCUUCGCGUCCGCUGAGAUCAAGGAUAAGGGCUGGUGGAACCAUACCGUUUUCUACCAAAUUUAUCCACGAAGCUUCCAGGAUUCUAACGACGAUGGUGUAGGUGAUUUGAAAGGCAUAACGAACAAACUUAGUCACUUCAACGAUAUCGGAGUAGACGCGAUCUGGCUGUCACCGAUUUACAAAAGUCCCAUGGUUGAUUUUGGAUACGACAUAGAAGAUUUCCUAGAAGUCGAUCCAGUUUUUGGAACUUCCGCUGAUCUUAAGAAGCUCGCGACGGAAGCGAGAAAGAAGAAUCUAAAGCUUGUUUUGGACCUCGUUCCCAACCACACUUCAGACAAACAUAAGUGGUUCCAGUUGAGCAUAAAUCGCACUGGAAAAUAUGCAGAUUAUUACAUAUGGAAUGAUGGGAUUAUCGUAAAUGGAACUGGAGAACGCCUUCCACCUAAUAACUGGGUCAGCGUGUUCAAUGGGUCGGCUUGGACUUGGAAUGAUCAGAGAAAGCAGUUUUAUUAUCAUCAGUUCUAUUAUCAACAACCAGACUUAAACUACAACAAUCCUGAUGUACAACAAGAAAUGAAGAAUGUUUUAAGGUAUUGGUUGGAUCAAGGAGUAGACGGAUUCCGAAUCGAUGCUGUACCACACUUGAUCGAAAAUAAUAUAACACAAGACGAACCUUUAUUUAAUAGCACAUAUAAUACAACACUUCACGCAUCUUACAAUCAUACUUUAACGAAAGACCAGCCUGAAACGUACAAAUUAGUGCAGAGUUGGCGAGAUUAUGUGGACGAAUACGCUAGCCAAAGAAAUGAAGCAGAGAAGGUGAUAUUAACGGAAGCGUAUACCAGUUGGGAACAUACAAUCGAGUAUUACAACAGUGGCGCGCACGUCCCGUUCAACUUCAAAUUUAUAGUGGAAGCAGACGCUAACUCAAAACCGUCUGACUUUCGAAAUAUUAUAAAUAAAUGGAUGCAAAUGAUGCCGAAAGGGCAAGUGGCUAAUUGGGUGAUGGGAAAUCAUGAUCGAGUACGUCUAGGCACGCGUUACCCUGGCAGAGAGGAUCAGAUGGUAAUGUUAGAGAUGUUAUUGCCUGGUGUAGCGGUUACUUAUUACGGAGAGGAAAUCGGCAUGCUGGACGACACCGAACUCCGUGUAUACGAUUUUCGUGAUGGCUGUCGUACACCAUUCCAAUGGGACAACACUACGAAUGCAGGUUUCAGUAAUGCUAGCAAGACGUGGUUACCCGUUCACUACAACUACAAAACUCUGAAUCUGAAGAAACAGAAAGCGGAUGCCACGUCUCAUUACAAGCUUUACAAAGCAUUAACAACUAUGCGAAAGAGCAAUGUACUCCAAAAUGGCAAUCUGUCCAUAGCAAUUUUGAACGACGACGUGUUGGCUGUAGUACGGAAUAUCCCAAAAGAAGCAGUGACGCUUCUGAUAAACUUUUCUUCAGAAAAAAGCGUUACAGUUAAUCUGACAAGUAUACUACCAUACGCCAGUGCUAAGGUAACCCUGACUAACGUGGGUUCCAGUGUGCAGUCAAACACCAAUUUUGCAUCAUCAAAGGUCACUAUUCCUCCAAAAGGGUCGAUAGUGUUGCACUCGGGCUCCAGCAUAGUCAGCUGUUCUGCUCUGAUGAUCCUGGUGUUGGCACUUGGUUCGUACUUCCGGUCGUAACAGAUAUUUAUUCGGGUUACGUUUGUAAGUGCCCUUAUAAUCUAGGUAUCGAGGAAAGAGGCUAAUUUUAUUGUUACGACGUGAUGUUUAACGCGUUAUGCAAAUGCAUAAUUUGUCGUACAAAAACACUGAUUAAUAUGUGUAUCAAAAAUCGUCGAGUUCUUACGGUACUUAAUUACAUCAAUUUCCUAACGAUUCAUUUUUAAACAAAAUUUGACACGAUCGUGUUUAUCGAUUAUUAUUUAUUAAUACGCGUGUAGAAUAGAAGGGAAAAUUAUUUGAAAAGAUAUAAAUAAACAGAGUUAAACGAUGCA